AGAUUCCAGAAGGGUAGGGCGCAGGGCGGCUGGCCCCGGCUGCAACACACAACAUUCGAGUCAGCUACUUCCUUAGCUGAACCGAUCGGCUACCAACAACCGGUUGAUGCCUUCUUCCGAUGGGAUUUCAAAUUAAACAGUGCAUUUAGCUGCUUUGACGCCGUUUAAUUCGCCGUUGGUCGUCCAAAGAGUGUAAGCAACCUGACAACAUGACAGAUUCCGCGGUGGCCGACACUCGCCGGUUGAAUUCCAAGCCCCAGGACCUCACGGAUGCUUACGGUCCUCCCAGCAAUUUCUUGGAGAUAGACGUCCACGAGCCACAAAUUGUCGGAGUUGGGCGGAACCGUUACACAACUUACGGAGUUCGAAUGAGGACAAACCUUCCCAUUUUCAAACUGAAGGAUUCCUGCGUGAGAAGAAGAUACAGUGACUUUGAGUGGUUAAAGAACGAGCUGGAGAGAGACAGUAAGAUUGUAGUACCACCUCUGCCGGGAAAAGCCCUGAAGAGGCAGUUGCCGUUCCGUGGAGAUGAGGGACUAUUCGAUGAGAACUUCAUAGAGCAGCGGCGAGUGGGCCUGGAACAGUUCAUCAACAGAAUUGCAGGUCACCCACUGGCCCAGAACGAGCGCUGUCUUCACAUGUUCCUGCAGGAUGAGAGCAUCGACCGUAACUACAUUCCUGGAAAAGUAUGAAUGAAACAAUACAGGCUGCUGCUCCUGAACCAAGUACUUAUAUUUCUACAUCACGUCACUAAAAACCUGGUGGAAACGUCAGAACUGAGCAGAAUCAACAGUGUAGGAAAAGAAAUACGGCAACCUAUCCUGGACAAAAUUAAACCAUUGGCAACAUUUGAAACAUUUAACAAUGAUUACUUCAGCCAUUCCACAUAUUUUUUGUGCAUUAUUUUUGAUCAUGUAAUCCAGAAGUCAUUGUAUCACAGCUAUUUUUUUUUUUUUUUUACAAUGACGUUUAUGGUUUAAGUUUUUCAACAUCUGAUUUUAAUCUUCCCUGCUUUGACAUUAGAUUUUCGAUUAAAAGCUCCCAAAGUGAAGCAACAUGUAGCAUCCUGAGAAAAGACAGUUCCAUACGUUGCAUUUUCUCCUGUUUCCAUCCUGGACUUGUUCUACAUCGUUUUCACCCCCUCACUGCAUCACCCCCCGCCCUCCCCCACAUACUUGGUUGUUCUUUGUCAGAUCAGCUGUCCAGAAUGUUACAUGGAGAUAUAAUAAACAGAGUAUAAGCACUGUGAACAGUAUUUCAUGGUUUAAAGGCAUACUCCAUGACUCGCACUAAGGAUUACUCUGUGCUUGUUUUCAGCUGUUCAAUGCUUCUUUUGUUUUUUGUUUUUUGCUUCGUUUUUUUAAUCUAUAUCAUAUUUUGUGAACUAUUAUACAUGUUACCACUGAAGUUCUGCUGUGGGCCACAGAGGAAGCCCCUGGUCACUCCUGUCCUCAGAUUAAAGUCCCUGCUGCCUGUUGA